UUCCUUUGCAGCUGUCAGAAGAGCGAGAAAAGAAAACCCUAGAAAACUACACAUCCAGACUGCAAAAAAGAAGAUUAAACCAAUAGUUGCAGGUUUGCGGCUAGCGAGAAGGCUCCUAAGGGAAAGAAUGUCGGACUCUCUGGUCGUGUGCGAUGUGGAUCCGGAGCUGAUGGAGAAACUGAAGAAAUUCCGCUUCCGGAAAGAGACCGACAACGCAGCGAUUGUCAUGAAAGUCGACAAAGAAAGGCAGAUGGUCGUACUGGAGGAAGAAUUUCAGGAUAUCUCUCCGGAUGAGCUAAGGAACGAACUACCGGAACGGCAACCUCGCUUUGUCGCCUAUAGCUAUAAAUACAUCCAUGAAGACGGGCGCAUCUCCUACCCGCUCUGCUUCAUCUUCUGCAGCCCAGUCGGAUGUAAGCCUGAGCAGCAGAUGAUGUAUGCGGGCAGCAAAAACCGCUUGGUGCAAGCCGCUGAGCUCACCAAGGUCUUUGAGAUCCGUUCCACGGAUGAUCUGACGGAGCAAUGGCUGAAAGAGCGCCUGGCCUUUUUCCGCUAAUGGAAGCGGAGGGACCCCAGACGUGGCACAAUCUCAACCCUUUUCCCAUACCGCAUAGUCUGAAUCCUGCAGUUCCUAAUGGCCACCCUUGCAGAGCAUAUCGUAAGGAAGCCUGGGAGUUGUGCUCCAGUCUGUCAAUCUUACGCUUUGCACCCUUGCUGUAAAGUCAACAUCACUCCGCAGUUGUGACAUGCAGGAAAUAUAACCUUAAGAAGUGGAUGUAGGUGGAGAAUGUUUAAAGCAGUAGGAAAAAAAUACUGGUUUGGGGGAAAGAACUGGGAAUUAUAAUAGGCUAGCAUAUAUACUCAGCACUGCCACUCCUUUCAUCCCUUCUUUCUUUCCCCCCUUUCAUGCUUAUCCACUUCCCUUUCUUCUCCUUCCUUCCUUCCUUCUUUCCUUCCUUCCUUCUUUUUCCAUUCCUUUCUUUCCUUUCUUUUUCCCUCCCUCCCUCGCUUCCUGCUCUUCUCUUCUGCUCUCUCCCUUCUCCAGCUCUGAAAGGGCCUGCCUCACUUCCUCCUCUUUCUCUUCCUU